CUCGGCAGUGUGGGCAGUUUGUGCCUCCCCAUGGCAGACAGUUCUGUUGAUGCGGCCGUGUGCAAGGCAGGUGGUGAGCCCGAGCCGGAGGUGCCCGCGCGAGAAACAGAGGCCCCACCUGCUGAGCCUCCACAAAAGGCAUCCGAUGAUGACAGCCAUGCUCCAGGUCCGCCACUAGCUGUGACGCCCAUCCAUGUCAUAUCAUGACAUUCGCUCUGUCUGUGUCAUGCAGUUUCCGCCUCUUCAGAUGGGAUUGCUCCCGACGUGAGCAGCUCCUCAGCAGCAGGUCUCCUUCGGGAGGCCGACGACAUCAUUGAUUCGCUCAAGCAGUGGCGCGAGGACACACACAAGCGGCUGGAGGAGCAGCUGAGGUCAAUCCAGAACGACCACGUGCCCGACGGCGUGCCGCUGGCCGGGCCCCCCGAGUCGAAUGCAGCUGCCGAGGAGGAAGAGCUCGACGUCUGGCUGGAGGAGCAGCAGCAGCAGCUGGCCGAGGUGUCUGAGAGAAGACAGCACAUACAGGACCAGCUGCACGCCAUCAGGGUACCCAACACAAGGAAACAACGCAGAAUAGCCAUCAUUUCGUGUGUAUGUAAUGGUGGUCUCAUUAUAGGCUGAGGGCGACAGCGGUCGUCUGCAGCAGAGUUUGGAGGAGUUUUUGAAGCGGUUGCGGGCGAGCCAGGUGCUGCUGGAAGAGCAGUCCAGCGAGAGCAAUGCCAGGCUCAGCGCACUCCGUCGUGAGAUAGAGGAAAUGAGGAUCAGGGCGGGAGGUGAGUGAGCCAAGGACCAAUGCACCGAUGGUUCCUUUGGUCUCCCUGGUGGCCUGGCUUGUAUUGUAUGCAUGCUGGCAGAGACGUUGAAUGACGCGGCUUCCAUCACGGCUCCCUCGCAGCCGGUGGAGGACUCUGCUGCAGUGGACGCGAGCGCCACUUUGCAAGAGAUGCUCGACAAGGUGAGAAGGCGACGAGUGGCGUCCGUCUCUGUGUGCUCCCCCCCGGCUGUACGUGAUCUCUGCGUGCAGUGGACCGAGGAGCUGGAGGGCAUUUUGGCGCAGGAUGGCCCGCUGGCUUCUCUUGUCGACGGAGAGGAGACGGACAGAUACCUGCCGUCCUUUGCCCGCCCCCCAUUGCCGUGCGCCUCCAGCGAGUCGCCCCCUCGCAUUCUCACCCGGGCGCAGAGAGACAUGGCGGAAAACGCCCCAAGCGCCACAGCAGAUGAGGUCAGUCAGCAGCCGCUGGGAAAGAAACAGGCACCAAGGUUGGUUGGCUCCCCGUGUGUGGUGCAGCUUCCUGCAGAAAUGGUUCCCUCAGCCGACGAGCUGGACAGCACGGCCUUCCGCGGCCAGAUCGAGGAGCUCGAGCACAUGAUGGACGAGCUGCUCGAGGAGUGCGACGAGGUGGAGAGACUCAUCACCGAGGCGCUUCCGGAAGGGCAUGGCCACGAGGAUGCUCUGGCACCCCCUGGUGGUCAGGGGCAGGAGCCGGAGUCGAGUCCGGAGGCGGAACCCUCUUGCGGGAGGUCAUCCUCGACGCUGGGCGCGUCGCGGGCCGAAUCGACCAAUUGACGGAAUGGGAUGGGAUGGGACACUUAGUCAGUGCAUGUCUGCCCAUGUGUGGGUGUACGGAGGGCCGGGGCGGGGGAUGCACAGUGGCGCUUAUGGGAUGGUGUGGUUUCUGCGUGAGUGACUGGUGACAGACAGACUCAUGGAC